CGGCACCCACGUGUCAAAUAUUUUGACUGUUUAUGUUGUUGCAUUGGGUGUUUUUAUAUUUAUUUGGGUGGUUGUUUCUAUUUUAUUAAAAAUGGUCAUCAGAAAAAGGGGACUAAAAAAGGCGUUUAGUCGAGGAAGUUUUGAGUUACUAGAGUAUGGUUUUUUGUUUUUAGCUAGUUUUUUUGUUAUAAUUUUGGUAGUUUUAAAUGUAAUUGUUUUGCGGGAUAUGGUAGGCGAUGUUGGCAGUAAAAACUUAAAUAGUAUAAAUGUAACCGGCCACCAUGGAAAUAAAGAACAGUUGAUGACCAGGUUUGAUUCAUACAUUGGUGAUUUGGUAAAAGUUGUUGAUCAUGAGUUGAGUCUUCUUGUUAAAAAAUUUUAUAUUUUAAAUAUAACAUCGGCUGAUGUUCUUCAUUCAUUUAGUGUGCCGUCUGCGGAUUUGAAGGUAGAUGCCGUACCAGGGCGUAUAAAAAGAGUUUGCUUAAGUUGUGAUAGUGUUGGGCUGUUUAUUGGCUAUUGUAGUGAAUUUUGUGGGUCAGGUCACUCCUACAUGCCAAUUGCGGGGUUUAUAAUGAUAACUGCUUUUCCAAUAAUUUGUUCUCUUGGUGUGUCAAGAAUAUUAGCUUUGAGUGUAAUUUUUCUAAUUUUUUGUAUUUCUAUUAUUGUUGUUGCGUAUAUAGAAUCUCCGGUUUGGUGUUGUUUUGAUGAAACUAUGACUAGGUCGCUAAUGAUUCCAAUUGUUUAUAUAAAAGAUGAUUUGGGCGAGGAUGCAAUAUCAGACCCAUACGGUAUACCACUAUUGGGAGUGUUUGUUUUGUUAUUGUCGUCUUUUUGUGUUUCAAAUUUUGAAACACACAUAGAGGCACAUGAAAAUAGUUUUUUUCAAAAUCUUGUGCUAGAAAAAUCUGGUGUUUUAGGUAAAUCAUGGGUGUUGUUGAAUACAAAAAUUGUCCUGCGUGUGUUGUUUAUUCUUCGUGAUAUGGUGUAUAUUGAAUCCUGUUGUAUGUUGCUUGUUUUUGUUAUUAAAAUCUAUUAUCAUGUCUAUGUUAAUAAGGUGAUUCUCACUCCUAUUCUCAUUAGUGUAUGUUGGUGGCGUUUAUAUAAUUUUAAUGUUUGUUUCUGUUCAUUUGCAAAAAGAUCAAAUGAUUGGUGGGGUAGAUACACCAAUAGUGCUCUUAUUGUUUUUUGUUCCUUUUUUGUUUAUUGGGCAGUUUUGUUGAAAAAAGGAUAG